AUGGCUCGGUUGAAGGAAGGCAGGGAGAAUAUGACGAUGGUGGAGGAAGGUGGAGGAGAGAUCAAUAUUCCUCUGGAAGGAGAGAUAGAGGAGGCACUGGAGUCGGUGGAGGAAGGAGACGAGGAGGUGGCUCGGUGGAAGGAAAGCAGGGAGAAAAUGUUGGUGGGCGAGGAAGAUGGAGGAGGGAUCAAUAUUCACCUGGAGGGAGAGAUAGAGGAGGCACUGGUGUCGGUGGAGGAAGGAGAAGGGACGGAGAUGGCUCAUGGGGGAGGUGGAGGAGAGAUCAAUGUUCCUCUGGAAGGAGAGAUAGAGGAGGCACUGGUGUCGGUGGAGGAAGGAGAAGAGACGGAGAUGGCUCUGUUGAAGGAAGGAAGGAAGAAUAUGACGAUAGUGGGGGGAGGUGGAGGAGAGAUCAAUAUUCCUCUGGAAGGAGAGAUAGAGGAGGCACUGACGUCAUUGGAGGAAGGAGAAGAGGCGGAGAUGGCUCGGUUGAAGGAAAGCAGGGAGAAUAUGACGAUGGUGGAGGAAGAUGGAGGAGAGAUCAAUAUUCCACUGGAGGGAGAGAUAGAGGAGGCACUGGAGUCGGUGGAGGAAGGAGAGGAGACGGAGAUGGCUCGGUUGAAGGAAGGCAGGGAGAAAAUGUUGGUGGGCGAGGAAGAUGGAGGAGAGAUCAAUAUUCACCUGGUGGGAGAGAUAGAGGAGGCACUGGUGUCGGUGGAGGAAGGAGAAGAGACGGAAAUGGCUCGGUUGAAGGAAGGAAGGAAGAAUAUGACGAUAGUGGGGGGAGGUGGAGGAGAGAUCAAUAUUCCUCUGGAAGGAGAGAUAGAGGAGGCACUGGUGUCGGUGGAGGAAGGAGAAGAGACGGAGAUGGCACUGUUGAAGGAAGGAAGGAAGAAUAUGACGAUAGUGGAGGGAGGUGGAGCAGAGAUCAAUAUUCCUCUGGAAGGAGAGACAGAGGAGGCACUGGUGUCGGUGGAGGAAGGAGAAGAGACGGAGAUUGCUCGGUUGAAGGAAGGCAGGGAGAAUAUGACGAUGGUGGAGGGAGGUGGAGGAGAGAUCAAUAUUUCUCUGGAAGGAGAGAUAGAGGAGGCACUUGUGUCGGUGGAGGAAGGAGAAGAGACGGAGAUGGCUCGGUUGAAGGAAAGCAGGGAGAAUAUGACGAUGGUGGAGGAAGAUGGAGGAGAGAUCAAUAUUCCACUGGAGGGAGAGAUAGAGGAGACACUGGAGUCGGUGGAGGAAGGAGAGGAGACGGAAAUGGCUCGGUUGAAGGAAAGCAGGGAGAAAAUGUUGGUGGGCGAGGAAGAUGGAGGAGGGAUCAAUAUUCACCUGGAGGGAGAGAUAGAGGAGGCACUGGUGUCGGUGGAGGAAGGAGAAAAGACGGAGAUGGCUCGGUUGAAGGAAAGCAGGGAGAAAAUGUUGGUGGGCGAGGAAGAUGGAGGAGGGAUCAAUAUUCACCUGGAGGGAGAGAUAGAGGAGGCACUGGUGUCGGUGGAGGAAGGAGAAGAGACGGAGAUGGCUCGGUUGAAGGAAGGCAGGGAGAAUAUGACGAUGGUGGAGGAAGAUGGAGGAGAGAUCAAUAUUCCACUGGAGGGAGAGAUAGAGGAGACACAGGAGUCGGUGGAGGAAGGAGAGGAGACGGAAAUGGCUCGGUUGAAGGAAGGAAGGAAGAAUAUGACGAUAGUGGGGGGAGGUGGAGGAGAGAUCAAUAUUCCUCUGGAAGGAGAGAUAGAGGAGGCACUGGUGUCGGUGGAGGAAGGAGAAGAGACGGAGAUGGCACUGUUGAAGGAAGGAAGGAAGAAUAUAACGUUAGUGGAGGGAGGUGGAGCAGAGAUCAAUAUUCCUCUGGAAGGAGAGAUAGAGGAGGCACUUGUGUCGGUGGAGGAAGGAGAAGAGACGGAGAUUGCUCGGUUGAAGGAAAGCAGGGAGAAUAUGACGAUGGUGGAGGAAGAUGGAGGAGAGAUCAAUAUUCCACUGGAGGGAGAGAUAGAGGAGACACUGGAGUCGGUGGAGGAAGGAGAGGAGACGGAGAUGGCUCGGUUGAAGGAAAGCAGGGAGAAAAUGUUGCUGGGCGAGGAAGAUGGAGGAGGGAUCAAUAUUCACCUGGUGGGAGAGAUAGAGGAGGCACUGGUGUCGGUGGAGGAAGGAGAAGAGACGGAAAUGGCUCGGUUGAAGGAAGGAAGGAAGAAUAUGACGAUAGUGGGGGGAUGUGGAGGAGAGAUCAAUAUUCCUCUGGCAGGAGAGAUAGAGGAGGCACUGGUGUCGGUGGAGGAAGGAGGAGAGACGGAGAUGGCUCGGUUGAAGGAAGGCAGGGAGAAUAUGACGAUGGUGGAGGAAGGUGGAGGAGAGAUCAAUAUUCCUCUGGAAGGAGAGAUAGAGGAGGCACUGGAGUCGGUGGAGGAAGGAGACGAGGAGGUAGCUCGGUUGAAGGAAAGCAGGGAGAAAAUGUUGGUGGGCGAGGAAGAUGGAGGAGGGAUCAAUAUUCACCUGGAGGGAGAGAUAGAGGAGGCACUGGUGUCGGUGGAGGAAGGAGAAGGGACGGAGAUGGCUCAGUUGAAAGAAGGCAGGGAGAAUAUGACGAUAGUGGGGGGAGGUGGAGGAGAGAUCAAUAUUCCUCUGGAAGGAGAGAUAGAGGAGGCACUGACGUCAUUGGAGGAAGGAGAAGAGGCGGAGAUGGCUCGGUUGAAGGAAAGCAGGGAGAAUAUGACGAUGGUGGAGGAAGAUGGAGGAGAGAUCAAUAUUCCACUGGAGGGAGAGAUAGAGGAGGCACUGGAGUCGGUGGAGGAAGGAGAGGAGACGGAGAUGGCUCGGUUGAAGGAAGGCAGGGAGAAAAUGUUGGUGGGCGAGGAAGAUGGAGGAGAGAUCAAUAUUCACCUGGUGGGAGAGAUAGAGGAGGCACUGGUGUCGGUGGAGGAAGGAGAAGAGACGGAAAUGGCUCGGUUGAAGGAAGGAAGGAAGAAUAUGACGAUAGUGGGGGGAGGUGGAGGAGAGAUCAAUAUUCCUCUGGCAGGAGAGAUAGAGGAGGCACUGGUGUCGGUGGAGGAAGGAGAAGAGACGGAGAUGGCUCUGUUGAAGGAAGGAAGGAAGAAUAUGACGAUAGUGGAGGGAGGUGGAGCAGAGAUCAAUAUUCCUCUGGAAGGAGAGACAGAGGAGGCACUGGUGUCGGUGGAGGAAGGAGAAGAGACGGAGAUUGCUCGGUUGAAGGAAGGCAGGGAGAAUAUGACGAUGGUGGAGGGAGGUGGAGAAGAGAUCAAUAUUUCUCUGGAAGGAGAGAUAGAGGAGGCACUUGUGUCGGUGGAGGAAGGAGAAGAGACGGAGAUGGCUCGGUUGAAGGAAAGCAGGGACAAUAUGACGAUGGUGGAGGAAGAUGGAGGAGAGAUCAAUAUUCCACUGGAGGGAGAGAUAGAGGAGACACUGGAGUCGGUGGAGGAAGGAGAGGAGACGGAAAUGGCUCGGUUGAAGGAAAGCAGGGAGAAAAUGUUGGUGGGCGAGGAAGAUGGAGGAGGGAUCAAUAUUCACCUGGAGGGAGAGAUAGAGGAGGCACUGGUGUCGGUGGAGGAAGGAGAAGAGACGGAGAUGGCUCGGUUGAAGGAAGGCAGGGAGAAUAUGACGAUGGUGGAGGAAGAUGGAGGAGAGAUCAAUAUUCCACUGGAGGGAGAGAUAGAGGAGACACAGGAGUCGGUGGAGGAAGGAGAGGAGACGGAAAUGGCUCGGUUGAAGGAAGGAAGGAAGAAUAUGACGAUAGUGGGGGGAGGUGGAGGAGAGAUCAAUAUUCCUCUGGAAGGAGAGAUAGAGGAGGCACUGGUGUCGGUGGAGGAAGGAGAAGAGACGGAGAUGGCUCUGUUGAAGGAAGGAAGGAAGAAUAUGACGAUAGUGGAGGGAGGUGGAGCAGAGAUCAAUAUUCCUCUGGAAGGAGAGAUAGAGGAGGCACUGGUGUCGGUGGAGGAAGGAGAAGAGACGGAGAUUGCUCGGUUGAAGGAAGGCAGGGAGAAUAUGACGAUGGUGGGGGAAGGUGGAGGAGAGAUCAAUAUUCCUCUGGAAGGAGAGAUAGAGGAGGCACUGGAGUCGGUGGAGGAAGGAGAGGAGACGGAGUUGGCUCGGUUGAAGGAAAGCAGGGAGAAAAUGUUGGUGGGCGAGGAAGAUGGAGGAGGGAUCAAUAUUCACCUGGAGGGAGAGAUAGAGGAGGCACUGGUGUCGGUAGAGGAAGGAGAAAAGACGGAGAUGGCUCGGUUGAAGGAAAGCAGGGAGAAAAUGUUGGUGGGCGAGGAAGAUGGAGGAGGGAUCAAUAUUCACCUGGAGGGAGAGAUAGAGGAGGCACUGGUGUCGGUGGAGGAAGGAGAAGAGACGGAGAUGGCUCGGUUGAAGGAAGGCAGGAAGAAUAUGACGAAAGUGGGGGGAGGUGGAGGAGAGAUCAAUAUUCCUCUAGAAGGAGAGAUAGAGGAGGCACUUGUGUCGGUGGAGGAAGGAGAAGAGACGGAGAUGGCUCGGUUGAAGGAAGGCAGGGAGAAUAUGACGAUGGUGGAGGAAGGUGGAGGAGAGAUCAAUAUUCCUCUGGAAGGAGAGAUAGAGGAGGCACUGGAGUCGGUGGAGGAAGGAGAGAAGACGGAGAUGGCUCGGUUGAAGGAAAGCAGGGAGAAAAUGUUGGUGGGCGAGGAAGAGGGAGGAGGGAUCAAUAUUCACCUGGAGGGAGAGAUAGAGGAGGCACUGGUGUCGGUGGAGGAAGGAGAAGAGACGGAGAUUGCUCGGUUGAAGGAAGGCAGGGAGAAUAUGACGAUGGUGGGGGAAGGUGGAGGAGAGAUCAAUAUUCCUCUGGAAGGAGAGAUAGAGGAGGCACUGGUGUCGGUGGAGGAAGGAGAAGAGACGGAGAUGGCUCGGUUGAAGGAAGGAAGGAAGAAUAUGACGAUAGUGGGGGGAGGUGGAGGAGAGAUCAAUAUUCCUCUGGAAGGAGAGAUAGAGGAGGCACUGACGUCAUUGGAGGAAGGAGAAGAGACGGAGAUGGGUCGGUUGAAGGAAGGCAGGGAGAAUAUGACGAUGGUGGAGGGAGGUGGAGGAGAGAUCAAUAUUCCUCUGGGAGGAGAGAUAGAGGAGGCACUGGUGUCGGUGUAG